AUGACUCGCUAUGAAAGCUACUACGCUUUGUCAAACACCACAGAUCAUUCUUAUCCAUCCUUUGGUAUUUCAAAUUCAAAAAUAAUUCUUGCACCUAUCGAUGAUAUUUAUGACACAAUUGUUGACAUGUUUACAGGAGCUGGAUUAGGUGUCCCAGUUAUCACCGUCGCAAAUUCAACUGAUAAUAUGAAACGAGGUAGUGAUAAUAAUUUACAGAGGACUUUACAUUGGAGGACAUCAUUGGGCACACAUACUGCUAUGCAUUUGAAUCAUUAUGAUGUUUUGGAGAUGAGUAACGACAUUGUAAAUCAACAUAAAUCAGGAUACAACGGGGUAUCUUCGGGAACAGGAUAUUUUGACAGAUCAAUGGGACGUCAAAUUAUUCCUCGCACAGAGAGAUACAGUGUUGAUUGGGUUUCGUAUAAUGUAGAUAACGAAAAUGUAAGUUUAGAAAGAAAUGCUUGGCUUACUACUAGGGAUCCUGGAGUAUGGGAUGAAGAAGUAGCAAAUGCCCUUUAUACUAACGAUUUGGAUUCUACCUGGAAGUGGUGCAUUACUAUCAUGAAUAGCGAUAAUUCUGAUUAUAAUAGUUUUGGAGAAGUAGAUGCAACACAUGGCGAAGCAUAUACUAAUCAAUAUGGAGGUGUUGAUAAUUACUGCAAUGAUAACAAAGGUGGUGCCCAAUGUACAACAGAUGGCUGUCAAUAG